AAAUCCCAAAUAGCCUUUCCAAUAAAAAAUCGAAACUGAACAGUGUUAAUCGAGGGCAAUAUAUACACAUACAAUUCUUUUACCAAGUGCACAUCUCUUCGACAAUAAGAUACAAACAGCAAGAGAGAUGGUGGAGGAAGUAGAGAUAUCAUCAGUUACGGAAGAAUCAUCCAAGAACAAUCCUAGGGCACAAGAUGGCGUGGAAGAGCCGGAGGAGGGAGAAAUCGUCGACGACGACGAUUCAUCCUCGGCGAAGUCGAUGACCACGGCGGUUGCUGAACGGCACCCUCUGGAACACUCGUGGACGUUCUGGUUCGACAGCCCCUCCGCCAAGACUAAGCAAUCCGCUAAGCAAUCCGAUUGGGGAAGCAGCAUCCGCCCCAUCUUCACCUUUUCCACUGUCGAAGACUUCUGGAGUGUCUAUAAUAAUAUACGUCAUCCAAGCAAUUUGACUGUGGGAGCGGAUUUUCAUUGUUUCAAAAACAAAAUUGAGCCAAAAUGGGAGGACCCUGUUUGUGCUAAUGGAGGGAAGUGGACUGUGACCUUCGCUAGAGGAAAAUCUGACACUUGUUGGCUGUACACGUUGCUGGCAAUGAUUGGAGAACAGUUUGAUCAUGGUGAUGAAAUCUGUGGAGUGGUAGUCAAUGUCAGAGGUAAGCAGGAAAGGGUUGCUCUGUGGACAAAGAACGCUGCAAAUGAAAGUGCUCAGAUUAGCAUUGGGAGACAAUGGAAACAGAUUCUUGACUGCAAUGACCCGAUAGGGUUCUUGGUUCACGAGGAUACAAAAAGGCUCGACAGACUUGCCAAGAACCGCUACACGGUAUAAAAAGCUUCAUGCUGUUUCGAGGACCUAGUUUGUGCAAGAUGCGAGCAGCUACGCUCUUAUUGCUCCUGGAUGAUCAGUGGCUACCUUCAUUCCCUUGUUUUCAGUUUUUUGCACGGUGUUUAAGUGGAUAACUAACUGGAGCUUUUUGUCCUUGGAACAUCUAAAUAUCUGCUUGUUUUGCUCUA